AUGGCGACGGCGACCGCAGAGGCCGACUCCAAAGAGUCCUCUGCUCAUCCUCAACCUCAACCUCAACCUCAACCUCAACCGCAGGCCCAGUCACAAUCCCAGAACCCCGAUCCAAAGCCAUCCUCCUCUUACGGUUAUCUGUUCGGCCCAGACAAGGCUCCAACACUGAUUCUCGAUGCUCUCCUUCGCGCCAUCGCCCUACACAUUAUUCGCGAUGUUGGCGAUAGACAUGUUCAAGCCUUGACCCCUCAAAAGCUGGCUGCCUUCUACAAGGCCGUUGGUGGUAACUAUGACUCCCUAUUUGUCGAUAUGCCAUUUCCCGCCAUAUCCUACAUUUGGCAGGUUACCGGCUGCCAGCACUCCAUGCAGCCCUCCGACAACGAUUUCGACGCGCCCUCCGUUCCGGCCUUGACUCUUCGCGGUUUUGUUCGAUGGGAGUCGAUCGAGAUACUGCUGAGCCCCGAGGAACAUGUACCUUUCAUCCAACAGGCCGUCAAGAGCUGGAACCUGAAGCAUCCCGAGACGGGCGAACCUUUUCCCCCAGACCUACCCGCCGAUGCUCUGCCCAGCGAGCCAGACGCCGGAAUCGAGAAAUGGCACAAGAAGUGCGCUGAGAAACUGAGGAAGGCCGCAGUGCCAGACGAGGAGCCGGCAUCACCAAAGACUGCCCCUAGUCGACCAGCAGAAAGAGACGAGCCGAGAGUGAAGGCAGCAUACGUGCACGUCCGGAAUCCCUACCCUCCGAAGGGAUCACCGAAACCCUCACCUCCGCCUCGUGGUCCUCAAGCAGACUACUUUGUUCCGCCAGGCCGGCCACCAGUUGCUUACAGCCAUGUUCCUGGGGGUCACUCCGCGAAUCGGUACCCCCCGUCUCGCCUCAAUAUUCCCCAGAGGACCCCGGACCAAGAUCGAUUCCGAGGACAAAACUCUCCUGACGACCGUCGACGCCGUAGCUUUUCUGACUACCCAUCCCCUCCACAGGAUCCACUGCACGCCAACGCCGAGCACCUGCAUCCCAAUCGACCACCCAUGCAACCUCGCCGACACAGCCAACCUCGACACUAUUCUUCGUCCUCAACGUCUGACUCUGAGGACGCGGGGAGUCCACGAUCCAAACGCCGGCCUCAUACACAUCAUUCAAACGAGCCCCCGCCACCUGGCUUCCGUCGCAUGGGUGCUCCCUCGGUACCCCAGCCGCCACCAGUCACUCGUGUACAUCGUGCGGAGCUGAGACCAGAAGACGCAAGGCGUCGUAGUAUACCAGUGGUAGAUGGCAUCCGGGAGAAAAUUAGUGAGAAAGUGGCGUCUAUCCUUCCUACUGGUCGAUCGCCAGAAAGACAUCGAAGCACCUCCGGUCGCCGAAGCGAUCCGCCAUCUCGCCGUAGCCGAGAGCACUUGCCUUCUUCUAAGCUCAACCGCAGUUGGCCUGACAUAGCGUCGGAAGACUCGGAGGCUUCGGACUCAGAAGAAGACCGCCGCCGCCGAUUCAAAGCCCGAGAACGUAAAGAACUGGAGGAAAGAGAGCAACGAGAGAGGGAGAGAGCCAGAGAGAGAGAUCGCGGUCGAGACCGAGAUCGUAGACGCGAAAGAGAAAGAGAGAGAGACCGUGAAAGGGUCCCGGAACGCGAGCGUGACCGCGUCGUGAACUGGGAGAGAGAAGAAGAUAUGGAGGCUCGUAAGCGAAGAGAACGACCGGUCGUACGGCCCGAAGCGACACGCCGAACGAGUAGUCAUGCCGACGUGGAUCGCAUGCGAGGAAGGCCCGAGCCCCCAUGGGACCCUCGGGAUCCCCGCGAUCGGGAACUGAGAGACGAUAGAGAUAGAAAGCGGUGGAGAGAACGCGGGGAAAGCCCGGUCAUCUCUGGCGUCGGGGGACGACAAUACCCAGCUCCGCCGAUUCGGAACUAA